GCUCUGCGGAGCAGGGGCAGAGCCGACUGGGCCGGGCGGGCGUGGAGCCGCCGCAGCGGGAUGGGCCUGAGCCCGGGCGCCCCCGGGAAGAGCAGGCUCCGCCUCCCUCGCUUCCCCCCGCGCGGCCCCAAACCCGCGUCUGCAGCCGCCGAAAUAUCAUCUCAAGUGUUGGCCCAGCUCUCUCCCAAGCACCUGCGGCAGGGAACCUCGGAACUGGACAGAAGCGUCCAGGAGGGGGAGAAGCCCGUAGUUAACUUGGAGACCACACCCAACCAGAAAAGAUCAGAGGCGCAUUCAACCCCAAAGCCUGAGAGUGCAGACAAAUUAACAAAGCAAGCUGCCGAGAGCAAACCAAGACCCAGGCCUGGAGACCUGAUUGAGAUUUUUCGCAUCGGCUAUGAGCACUGGGCCAUCUAUGUGGAAGACGACUGUGUGGUCCACCUGGCCCCCCCGAGUGAGGAAUUUGAGGCCGGCAGCAUCACCUCAGUCUUCAGCAAUCGGGCCCUCGUGAAAUAUAGUCGCCUGGAGGACGUGCUUCACGGCUGCUCCUGGAAGGUCAACAAUAAGCUGGACGGGACGUACCUGCCCCUGCCCGUGGACAGGAUCAUCCAGCGCACGAAGAAGAUGAUCAACAAGAUAGUGCAGUACAGCCUGAUUGACGGGAACUGCGAGCACUUUGUCAAUGACCUCAGAUACGGUGUGUCCAGAAGCCAGCAGGUAGAGCACGCCCUGAUGGAAGGAGCCAAGGCUGCUGGCGUCGUUAUUUCGGCUGUGGUGGAGAGCAUAAGUCCCAAGCCUGUAACCGCCUGAAGGCGCUGGAAAAUUCCAGGCAGAGGAAGAGCGGCCGCCCCCAGCAAGGACAACGUGCCCCCUUCUCUCCCCUCGCCUUCUCUCUCCAUAGCCCCACACGAGAAAAUUGUGAGCUUCUGGAAAAAUCUAGAAUGUACCCCAUUACCUCUCCAGAAAUACAUCCAAUAUAUGUGAUCAUAGAUCCAUGGACUCUC